GUUCAUCUGAGCUACAACAAAGAAUUUUCAAACCUUGGAGUUGUGCCAGCAGUUUUAAAUAUUUGAUCUUCUCCAUUGUUUCAUAAGUCAUAAGCGCUCCAUAGUAAAUACAAACCACCAGAAAAAUACGAGUACAUAAAUUCCCAUCAAUAAAGGAAAUUUCAAUACGUCCAGCAAUGGCAACAAAUGGUACACGUCAACUAAUACCAAAUGUGAUUGGUCAUAACCUCACGCCUUUCAUCAAGAAAUUACUGAAUAACAUAUGCAACUUUUACGAUGAGCAGGACCUCAUAGAUGUAACAUUUAAGUUGUCUAAUCCAACUGCCUUAAUUCCAGCACAUCGCUUGAUACUCUCAGCGGCAAGCCCUUAUUUUAAAGAUCUUUUCAAAAGCGACAAGGGCCUAACUCCGGUUAUUGAAUUAAAUAACAUAGACAGUGACAUCUUUGAGCUUUUAAUAGCAUUUUGCUAUACCGGCAAAACGCUCAUAAUCAUCGAAAAUGUGGAUGUAAUGCUGAAGGCAGCCAUGUAUUUGAAAUUGGAUGAGGCGGUGGUCAGUUGUGUUGACUAUAUUUUGCAGCAUAUAACUGAGUAUACACUACAGCGGGCAUAUUGCUUAGAGCGUGAAACUCAUUGUGUACCACUGUAUGAGAAACUCUUGGAAUAUGAAAUAAAUAAUUUUAUGGAAAUAAACCAAACCCCCGAUUUUCUUAGAUUCGAAGCUGAAAAAUUGCAGGCAAUCAUAGAAAGCAACAAUUUGAAUGUGACUUGUGAGGAGGAUACUUUUCAUGCCAUAAAACGCUGGUAUGAGUACGAUACUUCUGUACGACAACAACAACUACCAGAUUUAAUUGGUCGCCUACGAUUGACCCAUUUUGACACUAAUUUCUUAUUGAGAAAUGUCAAAACACUUCCUGGAUGCGAGCUAUUGGCUUACAAGGCAAUAUCGUGGAUUACGCUACCAUCAGAUCAGACGAAGAUAUCGCUCUAAUUUACAGCGCCACGAGAAAAAACUAUUUGCGAAAAUUCGGAAGAGUUAACUUUGAUAGCUGUGCAAGCUUAUGUAAG